CCACAACUCCACAAGUCGUUAUAACAAACCGUUAGUUUUACACCAUCUCCACAAGACCUCCGUUUUGCAUUCGUUGCAAGAAGAUCGGAAGCUCGUUCUCUUUUACGACCAAAGAAACCAAGAAUUUUUUUAGGAAGAAAAGAGUCUAUCGUUUACCAAAAAAAAAAAGGUUUAUCUCAUUAAAUAAUCUUCUUCCCCGUGUCUUUCUUCCCCUUGUAUUGUUUGUAAGAAAUUCUGAGAGAGAGAGAGGGAGAGGGUUAAAGAGGAACAGUCUUUGGACCGAGCUUUGACCCCUCUCUCUCUUCCCCCCAUCCAUGGCGGAUUCAAUCCCAUCCUCCUCAUGCUCCUAAAUUUUUUGUUCCCAUCCUUCGCGUCCUUGUCGCCUCCCCGUCAUCAUUAAGACCCCUCUCUUUUCUCUCUUCUCCAAGCCCUUAAACGGUCUAAAGCUCGGACCUUUCCCACGCCUUUUGGCAGCCUUUAAAAAUCGUUCCUUUUCUUCCCAUUUUUCGAAAAGGUGCCGUUUCUGGCGUCCAAUUUGUUCUCUUUCACGAUACGUUUUUCAAAUAUUUUUCGAUUUGGAAAUAAAUUUUUAUUAUUUCCAUUCUUGGCUCUUCACGCGAUCCUGCGCUCAUCUGAAGGCCUCUCGAGGUCCGCAACGGAAUCGGUUCUUCGUUGUUCGGGGCCUUUGGUUGAUCGGAUUUGUUGGGAAGAUCUGAUCUUGCGGGGACUUUCUUGUUGGAUCCGUCUGUUUUCUUGCCGAGAUGCCCAGUCUAUGAGUUGUUUGGGUUCCGGGAGUCGGAAAGCCUAGAAAAGAUCGGAUCCUGGUUGCUUGUUCUUCGAAAUUUUAAUGGGGAAUUGCUGUGCCGUGCCUGGUGAUCCCUCGGAGAAGAGGAGGAGGAGGAAGAAGGAGAAGAAGCCGAAUCCCUUCUCUCUAGAUUACAACCGGGGUACCCACCACGGUGUCAAGCUCGUUGUCCUCAAGGACCCCACCGGCCGGGACAUCGAAAGCCGGUACGAGCUCGGCCGGGAGCUCGGCAGGGGGGAGUUCGGCAUCACCUAUCUCUGCACCGAUAAGGAGACAGGGGAGGUCUUGGCGUGCAAGUCCAUCUCCAAGAAGAAGCUGAGGACCGCCGUCGACAUCGAUGACGUGCGGCGGGAGGUGGAGAUCAUGAGGCAUUUGCCGAGGCAUCCCAAUAUUGUGACCCUCAAGGAUACCUACGAGGAUGACAACGCCGUCCACCUGGUGAUGGAAUUGUGCGAAGGAGGAGAGCUGUUCGACCGGAUCGUUGCGAGGGGGCACUAUACUGAACGGGCAGCCGCGGUGGUCACCCGGACCAUCGUCGAGGUCGUGCAGAUGUGCCACAAGCAUGGAGUGAUGCACCGUGACCUCAAACCUGAGAAUUUCUUGUUUGCUAACAAAAAGGAAAUAUCCCCACUGAAGGCAAUCGACUUUGGUUUGUCUGUAUUUUUCAAACCUGGUGAGCGCUUCAAUGAGAUUGUGGGGAGUCCUUAUUACAUGGCCCCAGAGGUUCUAAAGCGAAAUUAUGGCCCAGAAGUAGAUGUGUGGAGUGCUGGGGUUAUCCUAUACAUUCUUCUUUGUGGUGUCCCACCAUUUUGGGCAGAAACUGAACAAGGUGUUGCUCAGGCCAUUAUCCGUUCUGUCAUAGACUUUAAAAGAGACCCAUGGCCUAAAGUUUCUGAUAAUGCCAAAGAUCUUGUAAGGCGGAUGCUGGAUCCAGAUCCCAAGCGGCGGUUAACAGCUCAACAAGUGCUGGAACAUCCUUGGUUGCAGAAUGCUAAAAAGGCGCCAAAUGUUUCUCUAGGUGAAACUGUUCGUGCAAGACUCCAACAAUUCUCUGUAAUGAACAAAUUUAAAAAGAGAGCUUUAAGGGUGGUGGCUGAACAUUUAUCUGUGGAGGAAGUAGCAGACAUAAAGGAUAUGUUUGAGAAGAUGGACAUAAAUAGCAAUGGGAAGAUCUCACUGGAAGAGUUGAAAAAUGGUUUGCAUAGGCUUGGGCACCAGAUUGCGGAUGCAGAUGUUCAGAUAUUAAUGGAAGCUGCUGAUGUUGAUGGAGACGGUAGCCUGGACUAUGGAGAAUUUGUUGCUGUAUCAAUUCACUUGAAGAAGAUAGGAAACGAUGAGCAUCUGCGCAAAGCCUUUGCCUACUUUGAUCAAAACAAUAGUGGAUACAUAGAAAUUGAAGAACUGAAGAAUGCCUUAGCUGAUGAUUUGGGUCCAAAUCAUGAGGAAGUCAUUAAUGCCAUCAUCCAUGAUGUAGAUACUGACAAGGAUGGUAGGAUAAGUUACGAGGAAUUUGCAACAAUGAUGAAGGCAGGCACAGAUUGGAGAAAGGCAUCGAGGCAGUAUUCACGGGAGCGGUUCAAUAGCCUCAGCUUAAAGCUGAUGAAGGAUGGAUGUUUACAGCUAGCAAGCGAGGGUAGAUGAACGCACAGGAAGUUUGUACUCUUGGAUUCCAAAGUGCAAAGUCGGUUUUUAUUGGUCUUGCAAUAUUCCUUCCUUCCAGAGUUAUUUUUGUUCCCCCUCUCAAUUUAGGCCAUUAAGUCUUAGCAUGUUCUUGUUUCAUGGUUUCAAGUCAGCAGGGGAUGGUUGUAGGUUUGUGUUUCACCAGAAGUAUGGGCAAAAAGGGAGGUUAGAGGCGCCUAUGAAUGUAAAUAUUUUUGUGUCAGCAUUUUAACACACCGGUGACAGAUGGGUUCAGUGUUACUGUUGCGGACAUGAUGCUGUUACUCAUGCCUUGAAAUUGUUUCAAUAUAUUAUCCUCCGCGCACAUUCCAGA